AGGCAAGGCGGCCUGCGGCCUCUUGUCAGGAAUGCAACACGUUGUGUUGGACAAGGUGCUUGUGAUCUUUCUCUCUCAACCUACUUCUGUGUAGCCUCUGGUGCCCAGCAGCUCGCGAAAACUCCCUUCUCAGCACCACGCGCCAGGGACGAGACACCGAUGAGGUUUAUCAGCAGGAUGCGUGCAGAUCGGGAAGAGUUGGAGAGGCUCCUACCGAGUGUCCUGAAUGACGCAAUCAUGGGUUCCUACUACUGCGAUGAGCUGGUCUAGCCAAGGCGGAACGCAAUCAGGUACUCAUUCAGACGGGCUACGACCACAACGUCAACAGGUUCGCUUCGAUUUUCAAGAGGAUGAGUGACGACAUUCGUGCUACAGAGCGCUCAACGGCUGCGAAGGCGGGACUUGACGAAGACGAACCAUCACGACUGGUAGGCGCAGGGGCGGACAACAUGUUUGACGACGCGAUGGCUAACUUGCUAUGCGUUGACGACGACAACGGGCAAAACGGUCAGGGCCAGACGGACGACGAACAUAUCGUUUUGGAGGCUGAUGUGUUGGACUGUUUGGCGGCGAUCAGACCACCACCCUCGAAACCGUGAGCGUGGGGCGAAGCUAGGAAGAUCGUGGCCGACAAGCGUGCCAUCGGAGGGUCUCGCGCGACCACGGGUCGCCAGCAGGUCGAGGAACCGAUCGCGGCAACCAAGAACCGAGCCGAGUUCGGCACAUGCCAGAAGCUGGGAGUCUGGCGUCGCGAGUGUCCCGGCAAUCCGAACACGUGUACGAAACCCGUGGAAGGUUCGUGGCCAUGGCCGUGCUCCAGGAUGAUGCGAUAUGCAGUCACAUCGCGACGGAGGCAAAGAUGGCAUCCAAGUCGAACCUUGUGGAAAUCAUCAAUGUAACGACCGACGUCGAGUCCACAGGGAAGCCUGGAUGGGGAGCCGUGGAUGCGGCUUGCGGAUUGAUCGUGGUGGGUAUCGACACUUACGAGAAGUGGGCGAACCACUACAAGGAGCAGCGCGACAUCACCCUGCAGACGGUUCCCCGCCAUGAGAAGUAUCGGUUCGGGAACGACCACGCCUGUGCGGCGGCCGACGGGUCAUUUACGCCAGCAUGCUGGGGAAUAACUUCGGCGCCAUUUUCGCUUGCUUGGUCGAGGGCGCCGUUCCACUUCUCCCGUCCGAGACCAUCUUCGUGGAGCUGAAGGCUUCUCCGCGCGACUUUCAGUCGGAGCUGGAUCAGCCUGGCCGGACGUCGGCUUCCCCUGGCACGCGCUGGCGGGGGGCAUUUUCCGUUGUAGGUGGCCAGCGUCCUGAAACUUUGGGGCGGGGCCGGCCUGCCCGCUGGGCCCCGUGCGCGACGGAGAUCUCCAUGGAUUUUGGAGCCAGGUCCGAG